CCACCUCUGCCACUGUUCUCUUUGUCCCUCUUGCAUUCAGGAGUUCUUGGGGAGAGAUGGGCUCCAGCUCCAGGAUGCUCCUGGCCGCCGUCCUCUUGGUCGGGGUAGCCUCCCAGGCCCUUGCCAGGAGCCUUGAUGGAAACAACUUGUCCGAGCAGAAGUAUGGUGGUGGCGGCUACGGCGGUGGGGGCUCCGGAGGCGGAGGCGGUGGGGGCUACGGAGGGGGAGGCAGCGGCGGUGGCUACGGAGGAGGCGGCAGCGGCGGUGGCUACGGAGGAGGAGGCGGCGGCUACACACCGACGCCAACCCCGACGGUCCCCAGCCACACCGGGUCAUGCGACUACUGGAAGAGCCACCCGGAGAAGAUCAUCGACUGCCUGGGCAACCUGGGCAGCAUCCUGGGCUCGCUCGGCGAGGUAUGCAAGACCUUCUACGGCAGCAAGAUGGAGACGCUCAAGGACGCGCUGUGCAACACCCGCACCGACUACUACGGCGACCUACUCCGCGAGGGCGCCGCCGCCUACAUCAACUCCGUCGCCGCCAAGAAGACAAAGUUCGCCUACACGGGCUACGAGGUCAAGGAGUGCAUCGCCGUCGGGCUCACCUCCGAGUUCGCCGCAGCCGCGCAGGCCGCCGCGCUCAAGAAGGCCAACGACGCCUGCCACUACUAGCUAGCUAGUAGGCUACACCAGCUGGUAGCGGUGGUUCAAUAAUUAAGUUUGUGCUUACAUGCAGUUCCGGAUGCGCUCUCCCCGUAUCCUAAGCUUAGCCUUUAUGUGUGUGUUUGCCAUUUGAUGAUGCAUGCCAGUCCGGGGCCUCCGGUCUACGUAGUGAUGCAUGCUUUGGUUUGAUUUGCUUUUCUUGUCGUGUUGUUGGUGACGUAAGAAUAAUACAGUACCAUUUUCUAAGUUAUUACUGGUAAAACAUGGUC